AUGGUUUAUAUUUUUAUACUUGUUGGUCCAGGUGGUGUUGGUAAAUCAUGUCUGACCAUUCAAUUCAUUGCACAGCGAUUUGUAGAUGAAUACGAUCCAACACUUGAAGAUUCUUAUAGAAAGCAAACGACAGUCGACAACGAAGAGUGUCUUUUAGAUAUUUACGACACUGCUGGACAAGAAGACUUUAGUGCUGUCAGAGAUCAAUAUAUGAGAACAGGAAAUAAGUGCGAUCUUCAAGACUUUAGAGAGGUUUCGACUGCAGAUGGCGAGGAACUGGCAAGAAAGUUGAAUUGCAAAUUUUUGGAAACCAGCGCGAAAGAGAGAAUCAAUGUCUCUGAGGCUUUUCACGAACUGGUAAAAGAAGUAAAGAAAGCAAGAUCAAACAGUCAGAAUCAAACUGAUCACAGUGAAACUCAUCACAAAAAGAAGAGAUCUUGUGUAUUGCUAUAA